UGUCUGUUGUUGUCGUUGUUGUAUCCUCAAAUCAUGUAACUCAAUUUUUACCCACUUCCCAAUGUGGUAUCGACUGCAAACUUGGUAUACUGAUGACAAUACUAUAUUCUAUCAUAUAAAAUAAAAAAACAUAUUUUAAAACAUUAUUUUUUAUGUUAUGUUUCGGCUUGGCUCUAAUUGUCCACGGUCAACUGACGUUGGCUGUAAAUCACCACGGCCCCUUAUGUUAUGGCAAGCUUCGGGGCCACUUCCUGGAGUCGUGGAGUUCUUCCAUUACUGAGUUUACACUGUAAACUCCUCGCUUCUGCUCUAUUCUAGUUCUUAAAAGCACUCCACUCAAGACGGUUGCUUGACCAAACCGGUGUGCAAUGGAUAACAAUUUUACAAAAGAGAUACGGGAGCGUUACGAGCAGCUCCCGACACUCUUUGAGCUGACACACGACCUACCGCACGGCAGCACGUACAUCAACAUUGUCAUCGCAAAACUGGAGCGCAAACAGGCGCACGAAGCCACCGCAGAAGAGUUUGACAGCGACGUCUGCGCCCUUAACAGCCUCACCUAUUUCUACCUAUCGCAAGAUCAGCUGGCCAAAGCCGAGUCGUCAGUGACAGCUGCCCUAAUAAAGGAGCCGUGCAGUGUGACGGCACUGGCCAACAAGUGCGAGCUUCACUUGCAUCGCUACGAAUUCGAGGCCGCCAGCAGAGUGGCGGAGGCACUGGACAGGCAGAAGGGAAACAAGGCAGCGCUUGCUACGGCCUUGGCUGAGCAGGGCUACUGCCUCUCCCGUCUGGGUCCCGUAGCACAAUUCAAGGCGAUCGACAAAUAUUCGCAGGCCAUCGAGAUGGGGCACGGUCACUGCCCUCCUGACAAACUUGUUUCUUGGAAGUACGGCUUGGCUUUGAACCUCGACAGGGUGUUUGAGAUUGACAUUUUGAGAGAGAACCCCGACUUUGACAAGAAUGAACACUUUCAACAAGCCGUGGAAGCCCUUGCACACGUUGUCCACACGGACAACAGAUUUUUCAAGGCCAAAGCUUUCGCAGUUUUGGGCCAGAUAACCAAGAAAUUUUUCAACCACAGGAAUGUCAGGGAUUUCGAGAGUGCCCGUAUCGUGGAGGUGGGCGAUGAGGCGCUCACCGUGUCAGAGUGCUUCGAGAGGGCCUGCGCGCUUGUGCCCCAGGACCGCUGGGUGCUGGAGAGGGCAGGAAAGCACUGGAGGCACAUGCGCCAAUACGACCGAGCUCUGGAGCACCUGCGCAAAGCCUACGCGCUCUGCCCCUCGUCCUUUUCUCUCCACCACCUCGGGCUAACCUACCGCACCCUAGCAGAUCAAGCUCAUGCGAGGACCCUGGAUGCUCCUACAGCAGGAUAUGGCGGCAGGGGUUUCAGAGGUCAAAGACACUCUUGGCGGCCAGCAAACGCAGCUGGCCGUGGCCAGGACAUGUUUGUCACAAAUGAGCCAAUGACACAACUCUGCGAUGUGAGCGCAGACUUUGCUGCUUUGAGCAUCACUAGUGGGGAAGAUGGGCAGCCCGAGUGCACAUUGCGAGUCAGGCAGCCUUUAUUUCCCAGCAGGAGGCCUAGAGGGGGCAGACAGCCUUUCUGCAGCUCCAGACGAAUGCGAGGGCAGUCGCAUUAUUUCCCUGGUGGGGCAGCGCAGAACCCGGAGAACACGCAGGCACGUGGCCACAGGCGGGGAAGAGGAAAGAGUCUUUUCAAUUGCUACAGAGAAGUCAAAGAUCCAUAUGUCACAGAACUUCUAGACCAAGCGAUUAAGUACCUCAGAGAGGGUAUUGAGCUGUCAAAAGAAACGGGUCCCUAUCUGUUGGUGACCCUGGCCGAGAUAUAUGUGUCACUUGGCAAAACAGAGGAGUCUGAUGAUUGCUUACGCAAGUCCAUGAAGACAGGCAAAUACGUCUCCCAACUCUUUUGUGCACGGACAUUCGAGAAUUGGGGUUUGAACAUGCAAGAGCGCGGCGAUCAGCAGAGAAGCGAACAACUACUCCGAUUAGCGAUUGAAAGCGCUGCCAAGGUGAAGAGCACACGCAAGGUGGCUCUAGACAGUCUCAUAGAGCAACUCAAGGAAUCUCAAGGCCAGACCCCUCAAAUGCUUCGCUCUCGCUCCAAACUUUAUGAACUCGUGGGCCUUCAUGGACAGGCUCUGAGUGCACUGUGGGAGGCAGACACUAUCCAGCCACAAGAUCCUGACACCCUGCUUGGCCUGGUCAAGAACCUGGCCUUCAGGAAGCAGUAUGAUGAGGCGCUCAUGUACUGGGCCUUCCUCAGAUCCACAGAAUCUGGAGACCAUCUGAUUGACAGUGACCUUUUGGAAAGCAUUUAUUUUGGCGCAGCCGAGACACACACGGCCACACUGUCGCUGUCGAGCCAGAGUAUGUGCGAGGCGUACGAGGUCCUUCUGAUGGACAGAAGCAAAGACAAGAGAAUGUACAUCUUUCACAGAAUGGACUCGCAUGAAGACACCGUGCUAGCCGAGAACAUCCAGCAACUAGCCAAGGAAGUUGCCGAUGUAGAGUUCGUUAACUAUUCUGAAAUGCCUGCUGGAAAGUUGUACAACGAUCUCUUGAAAAAGGCAACAGAGAAAUACAAUGCAAUUAUUGUGCUGGUGACCCCAGACUUUGUGGCCGAUAAAUUGUCCACGAGUCUGUGCAGCCUCCUGAAGCAAUGCGUCCUGCUGUGCCUUCACCCAGAAUCUAUUUCCAUCGACCAAAUUCCCCCAGCGCUCAGGGACUGUCAUCACGCCUUACUGGCCAAGGAAUUGUACAAGGACUUUACAACAAACACCAAUCCAAUCCAAAAACUGCACAUGUGGAGAGAGAUAUUCAACAACUUGAGAAAAGCUAAGCAACUGGUCAAUCCCUCAAAGCAAUAGUUGCCAGGGAAAACUCACCCUUAAGUUACAGAUGCAGUCUAUUCUUUAUCCAUGACAAUAUGUUUUGCAUGAGAGGCAUUACGAUAAAAAAACUGCUCCACUGUUUUUCAGUGGAAGAAGCCACCACUGCUAUGCGAGGGAUGAAUGGGUGGUUUUGUAUUAUAGUCUGGUGCUUUGUAGUCUUCCAAGGUAAUCCAAUUAUUAGUGGAUGUACAUUUUAACCAUAAAACCAAUUUACCAAGAGAUUUUCAGCCACAAACAGGUGAACAUUUGUGGAGGUUCAGUUAUUAUGAAUCCAUGCAGUGCACCAUGGUUUCACAGCACACAGAACUGCUCUGGAUUUCUGCGCGUGAAUUGUAUUCAAACCCUUGAGAGCCCCACGCUUAAGUG